UCCAUUUGUUAGAACCCAUUUCUCUCUCUCUCUCUCAAACUCUCAAGCAACUGAAAACCUCUCCUCUAUUUUCCACUCCUUCUCAGUUACUUGUUCAUCCCCAACACCAUCAAUUACUUUCGCAAAUUUCAACUUAAGUCUUUAUUAUUCGAGAAAAAUGAAGGGUGGUUCAUUGUUUUCCAGCAGGGGUUCUUCUCCUUCACAUCAUGGCAGCCACGUCUCCCCUUCUUCCACGCCGCCCCGCGCAGCCGCCCACCAUACUUUCUCCGACACGAUGAUGGAGGAGAAUAUCGACCACGCGGAAUCCAUAGUCCGGAAAUGGGAUUUGGAUGCCCAUAACCACGAGAAAUUCUCGCCUCUCUUUGCCGACGACAGAAGAGAAGCCAAGAGAUUUCUUGAAGCCGUGAGUGGAUUGCAGAGCGCCAUGCACUAUUACGUGAAGCUGACUUCCAGCUCCCAUAAACUCGUCAGAGCUCAGAAUUUGAUGCAGAUUGCAAUCAAAAGACUCGAGAAGGAAUUUUAUGUAAUUUUAUCAGCCAACAGAAGAAAUCUUGAUUCUGAAUCGGUCUCUGGAAUGUCCUCCAGGGCUUCCACCAGGUCCACCAUUUCCGACUACUAUGAAGAUGAAAUUUCCGAAGAGGAAGAGAGCACGACGCCGCCGCGAACUCCUCCGCGCACCCCGCCUCGAGGUGGGAAUUCGCCAUCCGAAGCUGAAAGAGCUUUGGAUGUUGCCAUGGCGGAUUUGAAGAGUAUUGCUGAGUGUAUGAUUGCCUCUGGUUACGCAAGAGAAUGCGUCAACAUUUACAAACUCAUCCGGAAAUCGAUAGUCGACGAGGCUUUGUACUAUUUGGGAGUUGAAAAAUUAAACCAUUCUCAGAUGCAGAAAAUGGAAUGGAAUGUUCUGGAGCCGAAAAUCAAGAACUGGCUCCACGCAGUCAAAAUUGCAGUAAAAACCCUGUUCCACGGCGAAAGGAUUCUCUGCGAUAUCGUCUUCUCCUCGUCGGAGAAGAUUGCCGAGUCGUGCUUCACCGAGAUUUCUAGGGAUGCGGCUCUGAGUUUGUUUAGUUUCCCCGAAAAUUUCGGGAAGAGUAAGAAAAUUCUCUCGCCGGAGAAAAUGUUCCGCGCUCUGGACCUCUACGAGUCAAUCUCUGACCUGUGGCCGGAGAUUGAAUUGAUUUUUUCUCACGAAUCGUUGUCCGCAGUGAGGUCAGAGGCGGUGGCGGCGCUGGUGAAGCUGGGGGAAGCGGUGAGGAUUAUGUUGGACCAAUUUGAGGCGGCGAUUCAGAAGGACUCCUCAAAAACGCCAACGGCCGGCGCAGUGCACCCGCUCACUCGCUACGUGAUGAAUUACCUCGUUUUCCUCUGCGAUUACAGCGGCGCACUCUCCGACAUAUUAGCGGACUGGCCAGUGACCGCGCAGACGCCUCUGCCGGAAUCUUAUUUCUCCAGCCCCACCUCCGGCGGCGGAGAGGACCCUUCAGCUGCGGCUAUAACCGCCCGCCUCGCGUGGGUCAUUCUCGUGCUCCUCUGUAAGCUGGACGGAAAAGCUGUGCUGUACAACGACGUCGCACUGUCCUACUUGUUCCUGGCAAACAACUUGAACUACGUCGUUUCCAAGGUCCAGAACUCCAAUCUGGGGCUCCUGAUGGGACUCGACUGGAUCUGGAAGACCCGCUCAAAGGUGAACCGCUACGUAGCCAACUACGAGAGAAUGGGUUGGAGUAAAGUGGUCUCCUCAUUGCCCGAUGAUCCAACGGCGGAGAUUCCCCUUGAGGAAGCGAGGGAAUGCUUCAGACGAUUCAACUUAGCCUUCGAGGAGGCAUACAAGAAGCAGACCUCCUGGGUCAUACCCGACCCGAAACUGCGCGACGAGGUGAAAAUUUCUCUGGCCAAAAUGAUCGUUCCGGGUUACCGGGCCUUCUACCAGAAACAUAGAGGGAAGUACGCUCGGGAACCAGGCAUGGUGCCAAUUGUCAGAUAUGUCCCCGAAGAUUUGGAUAAUUACUUAUCGGACUUGUUUUUCGGAAGCAAGACGUCGCCGUAUGAGACUUAUCCUGGAUCUUCGGUAUCUUCUUCACACGGCCGUUGAUGGAAUUUGUCCGCGUUGGAAUGGACGGCCAGCGGCGUUGUAUGUAUAGUUUAAGUAGACCACUACGUGCAUGAUAUGUGGUGGAAGAUUAGAGUUAUCUUUUGUGUAUGUAUAAGAUACAAACUUCCAGUUGUAGAGAAUGUCGCUUUGAGAGGGACGUUUCCAGUAUAUUAGGCCUAUACCAUUUGGUAUUUAUCAGUACUGAAAAUUCUUUGAUUUUUCUCAAGAGAUUAACGUGCAAUUGCAAUAACUUUUA